AGCGCAGGCGGCGGAUCGCGGGGACAGCUCACCUGGACCGGCGACAUGGAGGACGGCGUGCUCAAGGAGGGCUUCCUCGUGAAGAGGGGGCACAUUGUCCACAACUGGAAGGCACGAUGGUUUAUCCUUCGGCAGAACACACUCCUGUAUUACAAGCUGGAAGGUGGCCGGCGAGUGACCCCACCCAAGGGAAGGAUCCUUCUGGACGGCUGCACCAUCACCUGCCCCUGCCUGGAGUAUGAAAACCGGCCGCUCCUCAUUAAGCUGAAGACCCGAACUUCCACUGAGUACUUCCUGGAGGCCUGUUCUCGAGAGGAGAGGGACUCCUGGGCCUUUGAGAUAACGGGGGCUAUCCACGCAGGGCAGCCGGGGAAGGUCCAGCAACUCCACACGCAGAAAAACUCCUUCAGGUUGCCCCCCCACAUCAGCCUGCAUCGAAUUGUGGACAAGAUGCAUGACAGCAGCAGUGGAAUCCGGCCGUGUCCCAACAUGGAGCAGGGGAGUACCUAUAAGAAGACCUUCCUGGGCUCCUCCUUGGUGGACUGGCUCAUCUCCAGCAGCUUUGCAGCCAGCCGUCUAGAGGGAGUGACCCUGGCCUCCAUGCUCAUGGAAGAGAACUUCCUCAGGCCGGUAGGGGUCCGGAGCAUGGGAGCUAUUCGCUCUGGGGAUCUGGCCGAGCAGUUUCUGGAUGACUCUACAGCCCUGUACACUUUUGCUGAAAGUUACAAGAGGAAAGUAAGCCCCAAGGAAGAGAUCAGUCUCAGCACCAUGGAGUUAAGUGGCACGGUGGUCAAACAAGGUUACCUAUCCAAGCAGGGACAUAAGAGGAAAAACUGGAAGGUGCGCCGAUUUGUUCUGAGGAAGGACCCAGCUUUCCUGCAUUACUAUGACCCUUCCAAAGAAGAGAACAGGCCAGUAGGUGGGUUUUCUCUUCGUGGGUCCCUUGUGUCUGCUCUGGAGGAUAAUGGUGUUCCUACUGGAGUUAAAGGGAAUGUCCAAGGAAACCUCUUCAAAGUGAUUACGAAGGAUGACACACACUAUUAUAUCCAGGCCAGCAGCAAGGCUGAGCGAGCGGAGUGGAUUGAAGCUAUCAAGAAGCUAACAUGACCUAAGGGAACAAACAGGACCAGAGUCCUCAUUCAUAUCAGCUGAUAUAGAUGGGACUUCAUGGAGAACUGGAGUACAAGACAGACAUUGGGCUUAGGAUAUGGCUCAGUGGUAGAGGACCUGCCUGAGGCCCUAGCUCAAUUCUUGGA